UUUUGUUGGCAAUACGAAUUUUCGUUUAAGACACGCCGUGUUUUGUUAAUUUAACUUGUCAGUGUUAUGGCGACUCUGCAAGUGAUAGGGCAAAUUCUUAGAGUUAUUUAGAUGUGUAUGUCAUAUUUGUGAAUGUUUAUGCACUUGUGAUAUAUAAAAUGAUAGAAUCUUGCACGAAAAGGCGAAUGAUUUUGGCUAUCACGUUUCUAGGAGGAUUGACAUUGCUUGUUCUGAUUGUGGAAAGUCACUGGACUGCAGGGAAUGGUAAAAAUCAUGUUGGAGCAGUAGGAAAGAAUUCAAGUAAUGAUAAUAAUUGCUGGUUGCGUGAAGAUAUUGAGACUGUACAACCAUGCCAUCCUUGUACUGAUUUUGAAAUUACGAGUAAAAGUGUCGGUGUGUGCGUUGCUACGCAUUUCAAAGAAACUUUGUUCUGUAAGUCAUCUGGGAAAGUUGUAAGCAGAAGUUGUGAUAAGGUGACGUGGUUGGAAGAACGCAAAUUCUGGAUUUUUGAAGGGUCGGUGUUUGUCGUGGGUGUCAUUUCUACAACCUUUGUUUUUGCGCGCCAAAAAAUUUUGGACCACCGAAUGUUGAGACGAAUUCAGAGACAGUUAGCCAGUGGUGUUUAAACUGGUACUUGGAAGUGGUUUAGAAAUUGCGCAGAUUUUUCUUACGUCUGUCUCUUAAUAUUGCAGACGUUAAGGAAAGUAAUUGUGAAAGAAGAAAAUAUUUAUAGUUACAUGCAUUGUGACUUACUUCCCUGUGACACUGAA